CUUCUCUCGCUCGCUUCCCCUCAGAGUCCGAGCGGCGGUGCCCGAUGGAGGGAGAAAGGCUCCCGCGCUGAGGCUGAGGAGGAAGGGGCCGCCUCUCUCAGCCCCUCUGAGGGGACCAUGAAGCCGUUCAAGGGGCAAAGUUCCUCCGCCGGCAAAGAGGUUUUUGAGGAUUUUGGAGAUCUGGCUGAGGUGCUUGGUGAAUUUGAUGCUGUGAUAGAGGACUUCUCAUCUCCCCUAAAGAAGCAUCACUUCCAAUAUGAAGAGCACCUGGAGCGGAUGAAGCGACGAAGCAGUGCCAGUGUCAGUGACUACAGUGGGAUCAGUGACUCCGAAAGUGCAGAUUCGCUCUGCAGAAACAGUUUCAGCUUCAGUGAUGAAAAACUAAACUCUCCAACGUUGUCCACUCCAACUGUCUCUGCUCCAAAAACAGCUGCUCAAAAAGCAAAGCUUGGCGACACGAAAGAACUAGAAGACUUUAUCGCUGAUCUUGAUAAGACCUUAGCAAGCUUCUCCAGAUGUUCACAGACCAAUAGAGCCUCCUCCCACAGGUUUUAGCACUUGCCGCUGAGUAUUUGACUCAGGGAAAAAAUGCCUCCUGUCCUCUAGAAUACAGCUAGCAUUGAGGUAAUUUCUCUGGGUCAGAUUUGGCACUUUCACCUUCUCUUGCUUAAAAUAAAUAUCCCGACAUCACAGAGAAAUCAAGAAACAAGAUGCCUGUUAGAGCAUAAGAUCAGGAAUAACUCUAAGAUCAAGCAUUUUCCAUCUCAUUAGAGCUCUCUCUGUCUCCAUGUGUGACCAAUCUAUGCUUUUCUUUAUUUUCUGUGUCACAUAUAGCAGCAAAAUGUAAACCACCUGCUGCACUUACUGUAUAAUGUUUGAUAUUUUCAGUAACCUGAAGCUGAAAUGAAGGAAAUGGGCAAAAGUUGCAGUUACUCCUGCUCCUCCUUAUACACACUGAUCAAGACAAGCCAGUACUCGUAAAUAAGGAAAGAAAAAUUGAGUGCAAACCUUAUUUGUUUAAAAUGACAUAACUCGUUUAGAAAACAACAAAGUCCCUGCAUUAGUUCCUAACCAUUAGGGUCAAUUAUUGCAGUAAUACUGAGAUUUCUACUUCUGGGUUUAGGCACAUGAAUCUUAGUAUCUUGUGAAGAUAAUCCAAAACUAUUAUGCAAGCAUCAUGAACCUUCUAUCUUUUUGUGUCUCAAAUUUAAAUCUAUAUUGAAAGAUAGCUCCUUUAUGACCCAUUCACUGAUACCUGAAAACCACUAUCUUCCAGAGUUGAUGCAAUGCUAGCAAGUGAGGGAAGGGAAGGAGAGCUUCCCAUCCCAUUUGUGGUCACUAUCUCAGGGAAGGAUGGUCUCCUUCUGCCACUCUAUAAACUCAAGGCCCACCACAUAAUAACAGAAUAGCUUCUAUUAUUUUUCUCAAGGGCUCAUCAAAUGAAUAUUGGGGAGAACUCAAUUGCAGAUAGCCACCCAUUGUCACAGAACUGGGCAGGCGCCAUUUCACUGGUUAGAAUCACAAUUCCUGGGAGCCACUUUACCAAAGGAGUAACUCAAGACCGGAGGGCUGCAUUCUUUCAGACCUUAGAAAGACCACCUAUUUCCCACUAGGAAAUUAAUUUUCAUAGUUCACUUCUGUGGUUAGUAAGAAGUUACACACAUGCACACACACACACACACACAAAGCUUUAUUUGUGUGGGAUUUGUGAAGUCAUCCAUUCAUCCAGUUUCAUGGAUGGGAAUUUUUUUGCCUCGUUGUUUCCAUUCCCCCAUUUUAAUCAAUGUAGGCUUUCAUUUCAGUUAGGACAAGGACAGCUAUUACUACUGAGGGGUUUUGUGCAGAAGGAAGCAAUCUUUCUGAGAUAAAAAUAUUAAGAUGUUCAAUGAACUUUGAAAGCCAAAACAGUCUCCUGUUCUACUUCUAUCUCUCUUAUAAGGAAUAUAGAUGUUUCAUCAGAACCAUAUUCCAUUCAAGGCAGUACAAUGAAAAGGCUGCAUCCUCACUUGGAUGUGGAAGGGAGUAAUUCAGUCAUGCAGUUACCCUGUUAUCUUUGCAGGAGGGCUUUAUUAUUAGGUUCCUCUAAACAUGUAGAAUUGUAGGUGAUUAACAUUUGGCUCUAUUUAGAAGACAUGUUUCAUACUGCUUCUAGCUCUUAUCAAAUUGUCACCAGAAGCCUUACAUAAAACAUACAUUAAUUUUGUACUCCUUGAUGUUGUAUGACCUACCAACCUUACACUGAAGUUUUUAAAACUAAAAAAACAAAUCUAAACCAUUUACAUAUAAAUAUGACCAUGCUUUAAACAAUUCUAUAAAUGUCUGUUUAGAAGCAAGUCCCACUGAGUUUAAUGGGAUAUAUGCCCAACAAAUAUGUGUAAAAAGCUGCAUGCCUUCAAUUUUUAGUUGCUCUUUUCAACAACUUAACUUCCAGAAAGUCUAAAAUAUAACUCCAGUCUGGAUUGAUGAACAUGAGAAUGCAUUUUCCACUAUAAAGAUCACUAUGAAGUAUUGUUCUUUACCUACAAAGAAAUCCUUAUUUAUUCAUUUAAAUGUAAAAAUUGGGAAAACAGGCUCUCGUUGUUCACACAAGUCUUUGGGUCCAGUAGAUGUGCUAUUUAAAGAAGUACAUAAUUGCUUGCCAAUGUUUCAGAGCAGGGACAAGACCAGAAAACUAUCAGGCUCACAUUGUGUUUUAUCAAGUGAAAGUUAAAAAAGAAGCAAUAAUGAACAUGCUAAAAAGCUAUGUUAAGACAGAAACCCAAAAAUAGGAUUGUGCAGAUUUUUGACAGUUGACUGUUUUGUUUUAUUGACUGAUUACUUUAGCAUGCUAAAUAGCUGAAGUUCCCUUGGAAGAAUACAAGAGUACUGUUGUACUGCUCACAAUAAAUUAAUCAUAAAACAGAAACAACCAUAUAGAAUUAAUACUCUUCAGCACCUAAUCAAACCAAAGUAAUAUCAAAUAAAUAUGGUCAUCUGAUGCCAAGAAAGCCAUAACAUAGACAGAUGCCAGCUAGAUUUUUCUGGGGUGCAUAUUUUAGAAGCAGAGAUCUAUCAUUAUAAAAUCCAUCACUUACAAUCUCAUCAGACAGGCUGAUUUGCCCAACAUAUGCCACUUGCUCUACACUUUUGACAUGGAGCCCAUUAUACAAUGCCUUUUAGGGAAGAAUGGAGUAUCAAAAGCCACCAAAAAGUCCAAGAGAACAAGUAGGGUUACAUUCCUUCCUUCCAUUGUCCAGCCAAGGCAGUGUUUUUUCAAACCUAGUCUUCCGUUUCAGGUUCAAACAAAUCUAGAACCAGGUAGGAACUGUGCAGUCCUCUAAAAAAAUGAACCUUAGCUCCUAUGGUGGCACGUAGUCAAGCAACAUUUGGAGGGUAGCACAAUGCAAAAAAUUGCUUUUAAACAAUUGCUAGAACUAUAUGUCCUUUCAGUGAUAGGUCACCAAAGUGAAUUAUAAUGGGGGUUCCAGAAUAGAGGACUACCAUGAGCACAUGUGAUGGCAACACUCUGCUGGUUGCUGGUGGAAGUUGCUGGUUUCUUCUCCCUGGUUCUGGCAUUCACAGUUCUGUCUCCUGUGGCACAAUGAAGCUUCACAGCAUCAGGCAUACCCUACAGCAGUGGUUCUCUCAACCUGUGCGUCCCCAGGUAUUUUGGCCUACAACUCCCAGAAAUCCCAGCCAGUUUAGCAACUGUUAGGAUUUCUGGGAGUUGAAGGCCAAAACAUCUGGGGACCCACAGGUUGAGAAUCAGUACUCUACAGCUAAGUAGUAGCUGAGUGAAGGAUGCCAUAGGAGCUACAGGUUUGCAGCUAAGAGAAAAGAACAAUCACCUUAGAUCUGUCCCUACAUGGAAUAACACUACCAAGCAAUGUUGAACUACCGUAGUUGUUAUAGAAUCAGACGCUUCGAAGAGAGCCAAAAAGUCAUUCAUUCCAACCCCUUACCAUGCAGAAAAACACAAUCAAAGCACCCCUGACAGAUGGUUACCCAGUAACAUGUUCUUUUUAACCUUCUAAGCUCUAACAGGCGACAAGAUAUUUCUGCAACAGGACUUCAAAUUGGCUUGAAGAAAUUGGCUAAUUUGAAAGACUAGCUUGACCCUUAGGUUCACCGAAAUCAAAACAAUACUACAAGCAUUUUUGGUAUAUGGGAAUGAGUGUUGAGCAUGGACAUUACAAUAGACUCCUAUUGUACAAUAGAGCAUUGGUAUCUAUACAGGCAAUUAUUGUUGUCACAUUAUGCUAUGUGUAUUGUAUUUAUUUAUUUAUACUGCACUUUUUCUCUCUACAAACGAGACUCAAAGCGGCUUACAGUAAAACCUAUCCAUGCAGUGUUUUUCAAACUAUCUGUUUGUGGGAAAUGUCAUUUGGAUGAUGUACCUGGGAUUCUUCUUUUUGGCAGACUCCUUUUCUAAGCACAAGAUGUUUUUUCACAUGAGGAAAUACUGUGUUAUUCUUUACUCCUUUACCAUGUGAUUACAUAUGGAGAUUGACUCUUAGGCUUUUCUAACACAACUGAAGGCUAGUUCCUUGAAGGAAAUAAUGUUUUUCUUUUAUUAGUGCUAAGUUUGCCAGAAGCUAUUGAAUGGGAAAGGGUCUUUUAUACCACAUACCCUUUAAAAGGCAGGACAUUCUUAAACCACUGCAGUCUAAAAGCAGCCAACUAUGCCACAAGCAAAACACUAUUUGGCAAUUGUGGGAUUCUAUCAUUCCUUAACAGUGUGUUUGUGUCACAGGAUGAUUGCCAAUUCAAGAGCGGCACUUUUACCCUAUUACUCCGUUGGCGCCACAGAGACUAACUUCUCCCUUGAAUGGAGAAGUUUGCCUUGAUAAGCAUAUUCUCAUCCAGUCAUUUCCCAAGAUGUAGGCAAAAGAAAAAAAAACUAACACAUAUUGUAUGUAGGAGACACAGUCAUUUUUUUUUCUUCUCAGAACACGGUUAGUAACUAGGUAGACAUCCAUAGCAUAGCAGUUAGAGGAGCUAAGCAACACCCUUCAGUCUUGAGAUGACUAAAGUAAACCAUCAUAGCAGCCUACAUCUUAGCAGUCACCUCUCGCAUUUGUGCUCACAAUCUGUCCCAGAGAGUAACCACAAAGAUUGCUGCAUAAGGUGAGUUUAAAUACUUCCUCAACUCAAGGCACCCUACUGGUAUACUAUUUAAAGAGUGUUUAUUUUUUUACAGAAUAAGGAUAUGCCAGUCCUUCUUCCCUGCUUCCCCUCCCUCCCUCCCCCAAAAAGGUGCACUUGCAAUUUCUGAAAUUGCUUUCUAUCUAGGAUAGUCUGAAAUAAUGUUGUGGCACUCUUAUUGUUGCUGGUUUCUUUUUAAAAAAAAUAGCAACAUUAGAAAUGAACAAUUUUAUCACUUUGAAAAUAAUUACAUGAAAAAUAUGUCAGUCUUUAUUUCAAACCCCGUGGAUAGGUAUUCAGUGCAAAGCUUAAUAUCUAGGACUCUACAGCAAUUUAUCAGAAAGCUUUGAUUAGUGAUCUUCAGACUAAGCUCUUAAUCCAAAAAGUGUAGUGGGCACAUGUUAAUUCAGAAGUACAAAUAAUACAAUGGCAGUUGGUUAUAUUUUCUCUCUCUCCCUCCUUUGCCUCCUUCCCCUUUAAUAUGUUCUUUCUAUGUAAUCUGAUGGAGGAUAUAUUUAAAUAUAUCUUGAACUUUAUGUAAUAAUACCAGAAAUCACUGUAAACUUUACAUAUUUUUUUAGUUAUUUAGAUUUUCUUUUAUAUGUUUACUACUUUCACUUUUUGGGUUAUUAAGCUGUGAAAAAACCAUUUUUCCUGUAUAUCAACUACAUAGCUUUUGCUUCUUUUGUAUUUUGAAUUAUCUGUAUUGAUGUUUUUGAAAUUUUCUUAAACUUUUUGUACUUAAUCUUACUUUUUUACCUUUUAUCUUUUAUUUGUAUUCACUAUUUCUAUUUUUUAUUUUUUUCUUAUCCUUUUCAUUUUCAAUAUUUACCUCCCUUUUGUUAUUUUUUUUACUUUUUUUACUUUUUGUCCUCUUAUUUUUGGAACAUUUUUUGAGAGACAAUAAGAUCAAGAGCAAAUACAAUGGAGAUGGAAAAGAUAAAAGAAGAAUGUUAAGAGAAAUAGCCAUUAAAACAUGAGAUUGAAAUCAGAAAAAUUCUGGAAGAGAUUCAAGCAAUGAGAAGUCAAAUAACCCAGACAGGAGCAGAAAUUAAAAAACAAGCUAAAGACAAAACUGAAAGAAGUAAAACAACCACUUAUACAGAUGAGCACAGAUAUAAAAUCAAAUAUCAAAUACAAGAAUUAGAAGAAAGAACAAUAAAGCUGGAAAAUUAUUCUGGACAAAUAGGUAAAAACAAGAACACCUAAUAUAUUCAUUUGCAUUAAUGGAAGCAAAUUAAGCUUAAGUUUUAGAGACAUAAAAGAAAAAAUAUGAAGAUAUAGAUAAACGGAUGGUCAACAUUUUAGCAAACUUCAUGAGAUGAGAGGAGGACAACCUUGAAAAUAAACUAGAUCAUGUGUAUAGAAAUCAUUCAAAAUUUGCAAUUCAAAGAAAUCUACCUAGAGAUGUCAUUGUCCAUUUCAUAAGAAGACAUACAAGAGACUAAAUUCUACAAAAGCAAUAUAAAGCAGACUUGAAAACUGAAGAUCAAAAAGUGAAUAUUUGGAAAGAUACAUCAAUGAAAACAUUACAAAAAAGAAAGGAAUACGAUUUUCUUGCAAAUAAACUAAAAAAACCCAAGUAAUUUUGUUCCGAUGGGAAAAGUUAUAAGGCAUAUUUCUGCACUUUAAAGAAAGUAGAUAUGUAAUAGAUGCAAUGGCAAAGGCAAAAGAAUUUUACAAAUGAAACAGAUUUGAGUUCUAUAAACCAUUAGAUGUAAGAAGAGAAAAAAUGCAAAAUCAGAGAAAAGAGGCGGGAGGAAGGCAAAAGGACGAAGACUUAAUUGAUGGAGAGAAAGAGAAAAAGAAAAAAUGGAUAGUAUAUGUUUUUAGAAUGACAGAAGUGGGAAAAUUGGUUAUGACAGACAGGGAGAAAAUACAUACAAACUUUAUUAUGAAGACAAAACCGUCUUAGAACUGUGGGAAGAAGGAUGGGGGGAAACGUUCUUAUAGAAGGCUUUAUAAUUUGAGUUUUGCUUGUUAGAAUUUUUAGAUGAAUGUUCUUGUUGUGCUAGAAGGAAGACUGGGAGAACGCUUCAUUUGAAAGGAGGGACAUUGUCAUAUACGAAUGUCUUCAACGGGAUGGAGAGUCACUAUAAUGGGACAGCUGGGAGGAGGGAGUAGUAUAAUGGGAAACAAUUUCUGUAUGGAUAAUAGGAGACAUUUUUCCAAAGAGUAUCUGUGUGUGUGUGUGUACAUUGUUAAUUAUGCAAAUUGAAAAUUGAACAUAUUUGCUUAAAUGUUCCUCCAAUGGAAGUACAUUUGCUCCUUGUUCUGUGAAUUGGACUUGGUUGUCAUGAACAUAACACAAUCCUCCUAAAAUGUUAUUGAUCCUAGUAGUGCUUUAUUUGAGAGACCGCAUCUCCUCCUAUCACCCAUGAGCUCUGAAAUCAUCAGGAGAGGCCCUCCACUGUCACAAGUAAUCUUGGUGGGAACGAGGGAGAGCCUUUUUGGUGGUGGCCCCGCAGCUCUGGAACUCCCUCCCCAAAGAGGUAUGCUCAGCCCCCUCAUUAUUGGCCUUUUGCUCUGAAGUGUAGACCUUUUUAUGGAAGCAGGCUUCCCCAAUAACACACAAGACUAGUCACCUUAGUCAGAUAAGGCCCCAAGGCUCAUAUAGCCAGAGUUAUGGUGCUCUGAAAUGUUCAACUUAUGUUUUAAUGUUAUAAUAACCUCAGUGGCCGGAGUUGUAGAGUUUUUUAAACUGACAAUGAUAUAUGUGUUGUUAUGCUUACUGGCAACAAAGGUCUGCAUAGUUAAAGCAAUGGUAUUCCCCGGUAACCUAUGGAUGCGAGAGCUGGACCAUAAGGAAGGCUGAGUGAAGGAAGAUAGACGCUUUUGUUGGAGGAAAAUUCUGAGAGUGCCUUGGACCACAAGAACAUUCUGAGUGUGCCUUGGACCAGUCCAUACUCCAGGAAAUAAUGCCCAACUGCUCACUGGAGGGAAGGUUAUUAGAGGCAAAAAUGAAGUACUUUGGCCACACAAUGAGAAGACAGGAAAGCUUGGAGAAGAGAAUGAUGCUGGGGGAAAAGGAAGGAAAAAGGAAGAGAGGCCGACCAAGGGCAAGAUGGAUGGAUGGUAUGUGACAGGCUUGACCUUGAAGGAGCUGGGGGUGGUGACAGCCGACGGAUUACUGGUGUGGGCUGGUUCAUGAGAUCACAAAGAGUCGGAAGCAACUGAAAGAAUAAACAAUAAUAUGUUUAUUUAUAUUUCAUAAUUUGGGUUUAUACAAUGUGUGUUUUACUAUUCAUAUGUUGGGUUGUGGGAUGAGGGGUUUUGUAUUAUGUAUUAUGUACCAAUUGCAGUCUUAUGUACGCCAAUUUGAGUCCCAGUCAUGGGAGAAAAGCAGGAUAAAAGUCAAUUAUUAUUAUUAUUAUUAUUAUUAUUAUUAUUAUUAUUAUUAUUAAUAAUGGAUUGUCGAUGUAGCAAUCCCAGGUGAUAGCAGGAUUGAGGAGAAACAACUGGAAAAGCUGACACGAUAUGAGGAUUUAAAGAUCCAAUUACAAAGACUCUGGCACAAGCCAGUCAAGGUGGUCCCAGUGGUGAUCGGCACACUGGGUGCAGUGCCUAAAGACCUUGGCCUGCCAGCUGCAGAAGGCCACCUUACUGGAAUGUGCGCCCAUUAUUCGCCGAUACAUCACACAGUCCUAGACACUUGGGAAGUGUCCGACGUGUGAUCCAAUACAGCAGCCAGAGGACUGUCUGCUGUGGACUCAUCUUGUUGUGUUUCAAGUAAUAAUAAUAAUAAUAAUAAUAAUAAUAAUAAUAAUAAUAAUUCAAUUUCUCCAAAGAGACUCCUGUAUUUACAUUCCACAUGUAUAAAACAAAAUACAAGAAACAUAAUACAUGUGCUAAAAGAAGAUACAGGUAAAUGACCGCUUAUUUUAAUCAAAGGGAUCUUGGAUUUGCAACUUAUUCCAAAAGCAAUAAUAAUUCUUUGACAUUCAUUACAGGUAUACGUCAGCUCUGAGUUAUAAAAUGUCUCUGUGAAGAUUAUGGCUUUAAAAAUAUUUGAACUGGGAUUCUGGGCAACGCCACACUCAGACUAUGAAGUGGAUCAUUUAAAAAUGAAACAUCUGUUUUAGCACUUUCUGGCAUGCUUCCUGGAUCUGGAGAGGUACUUUUAUAAUAGACGAAACAUGAUGAGUUUAAAUGUGAAUUCCAUGCUACUUACAGAGUGUUUGGAAAACAGAUAAAAUGCUUGAAAUAUC